GGCAGGUAGUUUCAGCGCGCGCGCCGUCGCCGCUCCGUCGCGAUCCCACUGCCAAGACCCUUAACUUUCUAGACUAGACUAGAUUUCACGAAUAACCUUUUAAAAACGACAUUUAAAGACACUUCGGCGAGGCAAGGAAUUUCGCGAUCUUCGUGCCUAUACCACGCGACUCGAAUUUACAAUCGAAAUUAAAUUUAAAAUGUGACUUUAAAUAUAGUGUACAUCUUGUAUAAUAUAUACGAAAGCGCUACACUCACCAUGUUCACUCUUAAACCCUGUUUUUGAGUUGAAUACGUUUGAUUUCUAGUUCGGAACCUGACCACACACGCGAUGGUUAUGUUAGCUCAGCUGCGGCCCGGUUACUAUAAGCUAUAACGAAUUGCACAAGUGCUUCAGUCCCUACAAGUUUUCCAGUGUUGAGUCACGUCCCAAAUGUUCUAGGACUAUGUGGUUUUGGAGUAUCUGUGUCAUAUGAUCUGGUGCCAAUAGUGCUGUGGCUGGAUGCUGGAUGGAGUUUGGCAAGAUGGAGGGGCUGGCUCGUGUUUGUUGUGGUUCUGCUCAUGCAAUAUUUUGGUGAGGGCAGUGGGCAGUGCCGCAAUGGACAGGAACUGAGCUUUGCUCGCUGGUCGGCCGCGAGCCCGGAGCAGGCUGCGCCAGUCUUCGUGUACGCGGCAAGCGGUGAAGAAGAGUCGCUGGCAGGAGCUUGCCUGGCGCGCUGCCGCGAGCUGCCAGUGUGUGCUGGCGUUGUGGUCGCCUAUUCACGUGGACACUGUCACGGCGUCGCUGCGCAAACAGAAGAAAUACUUCGACCGGACAACGAUGUAGCUUACUUCAAGAAGAUCUGUGCGAUAUUGCCCGAGGGCUGCGCAGAGCGCUGGUGGGCCGUGGAAGCCACGCCGGGGUAUCAUUUGCAUUCCGAAAGCAAUAUAAAGGUGGUCCUGAACACCACGGCGCGGGAAUGCUACGCACUCGUCCUGGGCACAAGGGCGGAACAGCUCUACAGGUCGGCGCAAUGGGUAAGCCCCGAAGGCGCCCUGGACGCCGACGCUGUCAAAGUCUCCGACUCCUCACUGGGCAACUGCAUCCUCAACGCCGAAGACAAGUUCACCGAGCCGGAGUCCUACAGGGUUGCCAACUACUACACGUUCUACGUGGAGAACCAGUGCAGGCACGACUAUCCAAAGAAGAUAGACCGAUGUUCCUACGAAGAAUAUUACAACCAAACGCUGAAACACGUCGAGUUUACUUAUAAAAACUUCACCAAAGAUGAGUGCAAGAGUGCCUGCGAGUCCGAGGCGCGCUUCGUGUGCCGGGGGUUCACGUGGCUGCCUCGCGAGAGUCGCGAAGGCGAAGCCGGCGGGCCCGGCGCCCGAGGCCUCUGCGACUUGCACUCCGAGGACCUGGUGUCCACCGGUUCAUGGCUGCUUCGCCGCGCAGCUCAGGCUGUGUACUACCGCCGUGUCAUCUGCCUUAACAUAAGUGUAGACUGUUCAGACGACUCGCUGAUAGUGACGUACCGCCCGCGCGGCCAGUUCCGCGGUCGCAUCUACGUGCCGGGCCGCGGCGAGGGUUGCGGCGCGCGCGGCGUUGGCGGCGCAGUCCGGCUCAAGUUACCAUUGUAUGGCGAUUGCGAUGUCAACUUCGCGCAUGCCAUCUCCCAUACGCCUAGCGGAAUCAUUAAUAGGACGAUGGCUUACGUAAUGGUUAUGAUCCAAAACAAUCCGAUCAUCCAAACGGCGGGUGACCGCUGGGUGCGAGUGGGCUGCUCGCCGGGCGAGCGCGCUGCCACUGUGCCGAAACAUGUCAACGCAGCAGCCGUCGCCGUGAAGGACACCGGGCGUCCAUCUGAGCCGAGCAGCGGUGCGCCGUUGCCGGCGUCGGCGAGUACUGUGUACAGCGGCGGCGCGCCCGUCUCAAUGUACGUCGUCCGCGUCGCGCAGGACGCGCCGCCCGCCGCUGCCGUCUCGCUGGGCGAGCCUUUAGAGCUGCGUAUCGAGUCCACAGAGGAAGCCCAGAUCGAGGCUUACCAUUUGGUGGCCUCGUCGCGGCUCGGCGACAGCUCCGUCCUGUUGCUGGACAGCAGGGGAUGUCCAACCGGGCAGGUGGACUUCCCGGCGUUCACACGCAGCGUGUCGGGUGGCACGCAGCGCUUGUCGGCGCGAUUUAAGGCCUUCCGCUUCCCCGCAUCACACGUCGUUCGAUUCUCUCUGAUGGUGCGGUUCUGCGAUAAAACUUGUGACCCGGUGAAUUGCAUCCAGCCUUCAGCUCGUCAAGCACGCAUGACCAACGACACGUUCUCUUGGGACGACGGCGACGGCGUGCCGGGCUCGGCGGCGCCGGCGCGGCGCGAGCUCGGCGCGCGGGGCGUGGUGGCGCAGGGCGGCGCGGCGCCGUGCGCGCCCGCCGGCGCCGGCCCCGCGCCGCUGGAGCUGGAGAUGGUGGUCGGCUCCGGGGACGUGGUGUCCGCUGACACUAUGGUCCGCGCCGACCAUCGGUCUAAUAUACCGGAGGAGCCGCGUGAAUUCGAUAACGGCCUAGUGUGCGUGCAUGAGCUAUUGCUGGUGGCGCUGGCGCUGGCCUGGCUGGCCGUGCAGGUGUUACUGCUGCUGGGAUGCUGCGUCCUCGUCAAGCGGUACCGUAAGCUGGCGGAGAUGAACAUGCAGAAGGACUACCAGGCCUUCGACAACGUUGGCUUCGAUUCCAUGUCGACGCACCGUCGGGUCCAUUGGCCCGAUCAGAACAUUGACGUGCUGCAGUAAUGGCGACCAAAUCUGUACUUACCUAGGUCUUAUAGGGCUUGACUUACGACAGAAUAAUUAUUUGCAAAUCAUGCUAAUUCGAACGUACACUGACAUCGGAAUGAUGCGUCGAUAUCGUGUGUCUCGCUCGCGGUAAUACAUGUACGGACAAGUAUGGGCUAAAUGCUCGAUAACUGAAUGACAUCAUUUUGAUGUCGAUGUACGUUCGAAUUGACCUUUAUGCUUUCCUUGUUGGUUACAGCGACAAUUCAGAAUCUGAAUGUCACGUGUCGUAGGCGUACCUAUUUAUUUAAAUCUUUGAGGCGAAGCGCAAAAAUUGAGUGAAAUGGAAUAUUUUAGUUAUGGAACGUUUAUUCAGAUGUGAAGAUGAACAACGCAGAUAGGAAGCAAAUUCAUGUAUUUAUAUUAAUAAAAUGGAUAAAGUAGGUUAAGAAAAACAUAAUUCAGGCUCAGGAGUUCAAGGUGUCAACCGAUGCAGUCGUCGAAUUAUUGGGUGCAAUCAUUGUGCAAGUUUUAUUUUAAGAUUUUAAAAUUAUCUCGGUGUAAUUGUAUUGUACAGUUAGCUACAGAAAAAAGGUGCCCCCCCCCCCUGCAUAUAAAUUUGUAUGCCGCGGGGUAUACUUUUAAUAGUUCCUUAUUACAUCUUCUUAUCAAAAUACAAAAGUUUGUAGUUUUUAUAUAAUUGUGUUAUGCAGUCGAUUAAGCUAAAAUGACGUGCUCCAGAAAAAUGAGAUUCCAAAACGCCUUAUUUCAGCCAAGAGUACUGUUCAUUAAUAGUAGGUAAAUAGUUCGGAAGUAGUAAUAACACAAUUUUUUAUUUAUUUAUUUAGAUUUAAAACUUAGUAAGCCCUUGUAAACAUUCCAAAGUAGUUGAAUUUCUUAUUUAUGUGUUCAUUUGUUGAGUGCUUUAUUGAAGAUAUUUAAAUUAAUAGAUAAAAUGAUGUUGAGUGAAUUGUUAUAGGUCUUUGUAAGAAAAAUAAAAUCACGUUUCCUAUA